AUGACUUCGAUCAUUACAAAGCUCGUCACAAAGAAGAUCCUUGGGGAGACUGUCUCGAACAAAUUUGGAACUGAGGACCCUUACUUUGAGCAUGUCCCCGCGACUCGUCUGGAUGGAAAACCCAACGGCAAAGUAAAGAAGCGCAAGAAGGCUCUUCCUCCAGGCAUUACCGAUAACGAUGCCAAGGUCUUGACAAAGGUCAAGCGUCGCGCUUAUCGGCUAGACCUGUGUCUCUUCAGUUGCUUUGGCGUCCGUUUCGGUUGGGGCAGCGUUAUAGGGCUGGUUCCUGCAAUCGGCGAUGUUCUGGACAUGUUACUCGCACUUAUCGUCAUGAGAACCUGCAUGAAGGUCGAUGGUGGACUGCCCACCUCGGUCAAGGGCAAAAUGAUGUUUAACAUCUUGGUCGAUUUUGUCAUCGGACUUGUUCCUUUCGCUGGCGACCUGGUAGAUGCAGCAUAUAAGUGCAAUACUCGCAACGCGGCGCUCCUCGAGGCCCACCUACGAGAGGAGGGACGCAAGAACCUGAAGAAGAGCGGAUUACCGGUACCGGCCGUUGAUCCCAGCGACGCAGACGAAUUUGAUCGACUUCAGACGCAAGAUCCGCCCGAGUACAUCUCAAACCCACCAUCUCGAAAUGCAUCCAUGUCAGAGCGUCGUCAACGCAGCCGCAGCCGCAGCCGAGAUCGCCGUCGUGACGAUCGCCCCGUCGAGCCGGUACCGGCGCGAGUUCGUAAGAGCCGUGGAUUUUUUGGUCGUAGCAGAGCUCGGCCGGAUGAUAUCGAAACAGGGGAAGCUGAUCGUGGAUCUCGACGCCAAAGAUCGCCGCGCAGGGAGCGACGCUAA